GGAUGGAAUCAUCAUCAUACAAGGAAGGCAGAGAUGCAGCAGAGUAUAAGAGAAGAUUCCCGAGGAGAGUACUGGGGACGUGGAUAUCUUGCCUGGCUUCAUUUUCAGUAAGCAUGCUAGGCGGGCUAAUGUUGACCCAUUGGGAGCUCAGGCAUCAUCGCACCAACAGUCAACUAUGGAUGGUGCCCUUCGGCCUCAUUUUGUUGGUCACUCCCGCAAUUGUUUGGUUGUCAAUUUUCAUCUCACAUAUAUUCAGCUCCAAUGAAGGUGAAGAAGAUCAUAAAGAUGGUGGCGACCUGCACCCAGCAGUUGACACCACGGUCGUUAUAUCCUGAUGAUCCCGACAGAUGAUGCACAAAAUUCAUCAAUCGGAUUUUGAUUUCGG